AGUGCGGAUCGCCAGCGGAUUGUGUGUGAAAAAGUGAAACUUCUGGCCGUUGAAAAGCAAUCAAUCAAAAUUCUAAAAUACUUUUGGACGUUUUUUUGUUUUUUGUUCAAAAUUCAAAGCCUAAAAUGCUGUUCCUCACAGCCCGAGUCGAUCACUCGGCGGAGCAGAUCUUCAAAAUCAAGCAACUCAGGCAGCUGGUGGAGAAGUGCGAUGAUCUAGUGGUGGGCACGGAGGACACCCUGCUGACCAAGUUCCUGCACUAUACGCGCUGGGAUACGAUUAAGGCCUUCCAGGCCAUCCACGCCUACUACGACUUCAAGAGGCGCCACCCCACCUGGGUGGCCCGCCAUCCCAUCGAGCACUUUCGUCAGAUAUUCUAUGGCACCCACUGCCGCUACGUAAUGCCCCAGGUGGAUCGAAAUGGACGGGUUCUAGUCGUUUUCAAGACGGUGGACGGGUUCCAGAACUAUCCAGACUAUCUGCAGAGCCUCGUAGAGAUGGACGACCUGAUAUUUGAGUCGCUCCUGCUGUUGCCUCGCGUCCAGGAGAACGGCAUCACAGUCAUAUGCGACCUCCAAGGGACAACGCGGAAUUUUUUGCGGCAAUUUUCGCCAGCUUUUAUGAAGGUGGUGAACGAAAAGAACGGAGUCCUGCCCUUCAGCCAGCGAAUCGUACAUAUUAUCCAGCGCGGGUUUCUCAUGCACGUGACCUCCACGCUUUUUAUGCCCUUCAUGAACAAGGAGUUUAAGGAAAGGAUCUUCACCCAUGAUGGGAAAAACCUCAGCAAACUGCGCGAAAUGGUUGGCUAUGAGAGUCUGCCGGCGGAAUAUGGAGGUCCUGCCACGAAUGUCCUGGAUACAAAUUUGAUUUUCAAUCAUUUAAGCCAAAAUGCCGAGUAUCUGGAAAAGCUACAGACUUACGGGAAGGUCUAGGAGAUUAUAAGAAAAUAUUGUUGGCUAUUUCACCUGAAUUUUGAACAUUAAACAAAAAUA